AAAACAACAGCAAGAACCGACAGAUUGAACGAUAUUUUUACCUCAAAAAACACCAUAAAAGCCUUGUAAACCUCUUCUUUAUUUAAUACAUAGACAGCUAGAUUACUAAUCUAGAGUAUGUAUAUUAGUAGCAUGUAUAAAAAGCAGCCUUAUGGCCGCGAUUCGCCAUAUAACUGGCGACCAUUGCCUUCAAGGGGAACGAAGAAACGAAAUCCUGAUGAAGAUUUUAUCCUGCGUGGAAAAAGACCAGCAAUGAGUUUGAAAGAUUCAGGGUAUAGGACCAAUACAGACAUGACAAUCCGACCAUCAAACACCUCCAAAAGCUUAACAAGAGCAGCGUCUGCUCCAUCUGUGAGAUUUCCAGAUUACGAAGUCACCGCAGAAGAGUUUGAUCCGAGAGAUCUGACUCUAGAUUUAUCAGAUUUUGAUGACCAACCAUGUGAAGAGCUCAUGAGAUUGCAGGAUGAUGGAAAAUUUCUAAACCAAAGUGCAAAUUCUGAUUGGUUUUUGAAUCCAAUUCAUCGCACAAAAAGCCCUCCUGUCAAUUUGGACAAGCUUUCCGAGACACACCCUUUGAAAGCAUCAGUACUGAAAUCGACUGCACAAGGAAAUAUAACUAGUGAGUUUAGCGAAGACAUAAGGAAGACCCCAGUGAAUGCAUUUGACUUGUCCAUAUUUAGAAAUGCAGAGGAAGAAAUGCUAUAUUCAAGGACUUUGAGUGGACUUUCUACUCCAUACCGUGAGAACUUAGCACGGUUAAAAAUAGAGAGACUGAAGUUAGAAGAAGAAAGAAUGAUAAAGAAAAAAUGUAUGAAUGAACUAGAAAGAAUAAGGGGUCCCAAACCAAGGUGGUAUGAAUUAAAAACGCCAGACUUUCACCGAGAAGCAAAGAAAAAUAAUGACAUUCUCUACCACAGUGGGUAUAAUAAUGAACUCUUGGCUUAUAGAAACCAACUUUUAGAAACUCUGGGAGAAGAAAAAUGCCCUAGUCAGCAAGAAUCAAUGCACAAGUUUUAUCAUAGUAAGAGCCACAAUAAGACAAUGUAAUCAUCACUUACAGGAGCAAGGAAUGGUGAGAUUGCAGUAUGAAACUUUGAAUGACCACAAGACUUGCAUAUUUAUUGAGUGAGACGUAGGCCUUAGUUUGAGGAGACUCAUAUAUUAUCCUAGGGAACAUAAGACUCUUUAAAAUCAAGGAAUAUCUUAGUCAAACCCAACUAACUAAUGGUCUGUCAUCAGUGCUGCAGUUUGAUUGGAUGAGCUACUAAUAGGCUAUAAGUUAUGUCCUACUAGUAGCAAAAAGUGUCGGCUUUGAAAACCAAACCAUUAGAGUGCAAACAUUUAAUCUGUGAAACACUAAUUUACUAAAUAGUACAAAAUAGUGCUAAUUAAACAAUAGAAAACAAUGGAAUUUGCAUGAAAUUGUGCUAUUUGGUAUUACUAAAGUUUCACGGUUAUAUUGUUUGCACUCUAAAUUAACUUUAAUUUAAAACUUGUUUAAAUCUAGAUAUUUGACCAACUAGUUGGAUUUGUUUAAAACAAUUAGUCCUCUCGUCCUUGUGGCCUAUGAGUCAAUAGCCCAUUUGGCCUCCAGCCUCCUGGGCUAUUGAUUAAAUUGCUAAAUAUCUCCUGUUUUGUGAAUCGCUAUUCAGGACCCUUAUUGAGAGUAUAUUAUAGCUUUAGUUUGAUGAUCAUCUUAAUCUAGUGAUAUGCACACAUAUAGGAACUGUUAGUGUAUGUUUAUAAAAUAACAUAGUAAGAAACAUAUCCAUAUUUAUAAAGAUCCAGUUUAUUACAUUAGUGUACAUAUUUUUUUCCAGACACAUUGAAUACAAAUGA